AUGGCUUCGCUGUACCAGAGGUUCACGGGCAAGAUCAACACCUCGCGGUCCUUCCCGGCGCCCCCGGAGGCGAGCCGCCUCCUGGGCGGCCAGGGGCCCGAGGAGGACGGUGCGGGGCCCAAGCCCCUCGGAGCCCAGGCGCCCGCGGCGGCGCCCCCGGAGCGCGGCGGCGGCGGUGCGGGCGGCCGGCCCCGGUUCCAGUACCAGGCGCAGAACGACUGUGACGACGAGGACGAGCUGGUGGGGAGUAAUCCUCCACAAAGAAACUGGAAAGGCAUAGCGAUCGCCCUGCUUGUCAUCCUGGUCAUCUGCUCCCUGAUUGUCACCUCAGUGGUGCUGCUGACACCAGCGGAAGAUAACAGUCUGUCUCAAAAGAAGAAGGUGACUGUGGAAGAUCUCUUCAGUGAAGAUUUCAAAAUUCAUGAUCCCGAGGCUAAGUGGAUAAGUGAUAAAGAAUUCAUCUACAGAGAGCAGAAAGGAAGUGUGAUACUGCAGAACGUUGAAACAAAUACUUCUACGGUGUUAAUAGAAGGCAAAAAAAUUGAAUCGUUAAGAGCUGUCAGAUAUGAAAUAUCUCCAGAUAGAGAGUAUGCUCUUUUUUCAUAUAACGUGGAACCAAUAUAUCAACACUCCUAUACUGGAUAUUAUGUCCUGAGCAAAAUUCCUCAUGGGGAUCCUCAAAGUCUAGAUCCACCAGAAGUCAGCAACGCAAAACUUCAGUAUGCAGGAUGGGGCCCCAAGGGUCAGCAGCUGAUAUUUAUCUUUGAAAACAAUAUCUACUACUGUGCACAUGUCGGGAAGCAGGCCAUCCGUGUGGUGUCAACUGGGAAGGAAGGCGUGAUUUACAACGGCCUUAGCGACUGGCUGUACGAAGAGGAGAUUUUGAAGACCCACAUCGCCCACUGGUGGUCUCCAGAUGGUACACGGCUCGCCUACGCCACCAUCAACGACUCCCGGGUGCCGGUCAUGGAGCUGCCCACCUACACCGGCUCCGCCUACCCGACCGUGAAGUCCUACCACUACCCCAAGGCUGGAUGUGAAAACCCCAGUAUCUCCCUGCACGUCAUUGGCCUAAGUGGACCCACGCACGACCUGGAGAUGAUGCCGCCUGACGAUCCACGGAUGAGGGAGUACUACAUCACCAUGGUCAAGUGGGCCACCAGUACCAAGGUCGCCGUGAACUGGCUGAGCCGGGCACAGAACGUGUCCAUCCUCACCCUCUGCGAUGCCACCACCGGGGUCUGCACCAAGAAACACGAGGAUGAAAGUGAAGCCUGGCUCCACAGACAGAACGAAGAGCCAGUGUUCUCCAAGGACGGCCGGAAGUUCUUCUUUGUCCGAGCGAUCCCGCAGGGGGGGCAGGGGAAGUUCUACCACAUCAUGGUGUCCUCCUCCCAGCCUAACAGCAGCAAUGACAACAUCCAGUCCAUCACCUCUGGGGACUGGGACGCAACCAAGAUCCUGUCCUACGACGAGAAGCGGAGUAAGAUCUACUUCCUCAGCACGGAGGACCUGCCGAGGAGACGCCAGCUGUACAGUGCCAACACGGUGGGCAACUUCAACAGGCAGUGCUUGUCCUGCGACCUGGUGGACGACUGCGCCUACUUCAGCGCCUCUUUCAGCCCCAGCGCCGACUUCUUCCUGCUCAAGUGCGAAGGUCCUGGGGUCCCCACGGUGACCGUGCACAACACGACAGAUAAGAAAAAAAUUUUUGAUCUAGAAACAAAUGAACACGUACAGAAAGCCAUAAACGACCGGCAGAUGCCUAAAGUAGAAUACAGGAAAAUCGAGAUUGACGAUUACAACUUGCCCGUUCAGAUCCUCAAGCCAGCGACCUUCUCCGACACCACCCACUACCCCUUGCUCCUGGUGGUGGAUGGCGCCCCGGGGAGCCAGAGCGUGACUGAGAAGUUUGAGGUGAGCUGGGAGACGGUGAUGGUGAGUAGUCACGGGGCCGUGGUGGUCAAGUGCGAUGGCCGUGGCAGCGGCUUCCAAGGGACCAAGCUCCUGCACGAGGUGAAGCGGAGGCUGGGCUCCCUGGAGGAGAAGGACCAGAUGGAGGCUGUGAGGGUGAUGCUGAAGGAGCAGUACAUUGACAAGACGCGCGUGGCCGUGUUUGGGAAGGAUUACGGUGGGUACCUGAGCACCUACAUCCUCCCAGCCAAGGGCGAGAAUCAAGGCCCGGUUUUCACCUGUGGCUCCGCGCUCUCCCCGAUAACAGACUUCAAGCUCUACGCGUCUGCAUUUUCCGAGAGGUACUUGGGCCUCCACGGACUUGACAACAGAGCGUAUGAGAUGGCCAAGGUGGCGCACCGGGUGUCCGCGCUGGAAGGACAGCGGUUCCUCAUCAUCCACGCGACCGCCGACGAAAAAAUCCAUUUCCAGCACACCGCAGAACUCAUCACGCAGCUCAUUAAGGGAAAGGCUAACUACAGCUUACAGAUAUACCCGGACGAGGGCCACUACUUCAGCAGCGCCCCCCUGCAGCAGCACCUGUACCGAGCCCUCAUCAGCUUCUUCGUGGAGUGCUUCAGGAUCCAGGACAAACUCCCAACAGUAGCAGCGAAAGAGGACGAGGAGGAGGACUGA